UUAGAUAUAUCUCAUCUCACUCAUUAUUUUGUCGAACGUGCUCUCAAUAAUCAUUACCAUUUCAUCUAACUUCGUAUUCUCCACAUCUAACUUCGUCUUUUUUGAUUUCGCAUUUUUCUGUUUGGUGUUUGUUCAGAUCGACGGAGAGGGUUUUGUUAUGGUGUGCAGUGAGAGAGAGAGAGAGAGAGGAAGGACAGAUUGUGAAGAAGCAACAGGAAACGAUGUCGUUUACAGGAACGCAGCAGAAAUGCAGGGCGUGUGAGAAGACAGUGUACCCUAUGGAGCUUCUCUCAGCUGAUGGAGUUCCUUUCCACAAGUCUUGCUUCAAGUGCUCUCACUGCAAAUCCACUCUUCAACUGAGCAACUAUUCAUCAAUGGAAGGUGUGUUGUACUGUAAGCCUCAUUUUGAGCAGCUCUUCAAGGAGACUGGUAGUUUCAACAAGAACUUUCAGUCACCUGCAAAGCCAUUAACUGACAAGCCAACUCCUGAGCUGACAAAGACACCUAGCAAACUUGCUGGAAUGUUCUCUGGAACACAAGAUAAAUGCGCUACUUGCAGUAAAACCGUGUACCCUAUCGAAAAGGUAACUGUGGAGAGCCAGUGUUACCAUAAGUCUUGCUUCAAGUGUUCACAUGGAGGCUGUCCAAUCUCUCCAUCCAACUACGCAGCUCUUGAAGGCAUUCUAAACUCUUGA